AUGUCGUCUUACCAAGGAAAACAAAGAGACCGUUAUGAAAUUUUUCGAAUUCGCCAAGGCAUGAAAUCCAGAAAUUUUAAUGAUAAGUAUAUUGAUUUAGGCAGCAUCCCAAUGAUCGAUGGAUCUGUGCAUACAAUACGAAUUUAUAAUAACAAAGAGACGAAAGGGAUUCUGAGAGGGGGAAAUUCUGAUAGCUAUUAUUCUCAACAAACAUGUAGCGGUGAUAAUAUGUCAAACUGUAGCCAUCAGAAUGAUUUUGGUGAGAACCUGGGUCCACUGGUUUCCUAUGGAAUCGAUGACGUAUCGCAGAAAGGACAUCCCGAGGAUAAGCUUCAUAUAUCUCCACUACCGACCUAUUCAAAACAGUUAAGUGAUAGCCGACCGGUGUCUAAUGAUAGAAAUCGUAAUUUUAAAUGA